AUUAAUUACAAAUAAUAAUAUACAUGACUAUAAAAGAAACAGGAAAAUUAUAAAUCAAUGGCUAAAGUAUUCAAAUUUAAAAUCAUUAAUUACUUUAUUCUACGAAGAAUCUAGAAUUCUUGAACACAUAUUGAGUGAAAAGAGUAAAAGAAAAUCAAUGGAACUUGAAAUAAGCCAAUUUUUCGAACUAGCAUCGAUAGACACUAUUGGAAGAACAGCGUUGGGAGAAGAAUUUAAUUCACAAAACAAAGAAAACCACGAUUUCCGAAAUAGUUAUGCACGUCUAGCAGAAAUCUUUGCAUACCGACUUUCGAAUCCGUGGUUUUUAAGCUCAAGUUUAUUUUCACUGUCAUCGAAAAAACAUGAACAACGAAAUAGUCAACAUUUAAUGCAUGAAUAUGUGAAUGAUUUAAUUCAGAAAAAAAAAGUCGAACUCAAUGAAAAAGAUAAAUCUACCAUUAACGGGUGUCGUGAUGAAGGUUGUAGUUAUCAAAAGCCGAAAUAUCUAAUUGAAAUUCUGUUAGCAAACGAACAUCAAGUAACACAUAAAGAAAUGAAGGACGAACUUAUAACCAUUAUAAGUGCGGGACAUGAAACAACUGCAAAGGAAAAUUCAUUAAUUAUAUUUAUGCUGGCUCAUCAUCAAGAUGUUCAACAAAAUGUUUAUCAAGAAACAAAUUCAAUAUUUUCUGAUGGUGAUUUUAACCGAUCGCCUACAUACGAGGAUUUACAAAAAAUGGAAUACUUAGAACGUGUAAUCAAAGAAACCAUGCGACUUUAUCCAGCUAUUCCUUUUGUGCACAGACAAGUACAAAACGAAAUGAUGAUUGGAAAAUAUCUUAUCCCGGCGGACACAAUUAUUACGAUUCCCAUUUAUUGUUUGCAUUUAAAUCCCAAAUACUAUAAGGACCCAGAUCAAUUUAAUCCUGACAACUUCUUACCUGACGUGUGUCGCAGUCGUCAUCCUUUUGCAUACAUUCCUUUUAGUGGUGGCACAAGAAACUGUAUUGGAAUGAAAUACGCAAUGCUCCAAAUGAAGACUGCGAUAUCUACUCUUGUAAGGUCCUACCGUUUUUCGCCAUCAAAGAAAUGCCCUACUCCGAAAGAUCUUAAAUUAUCGUGUACCAUAGCACUGGAAUUUAGCAACGGAUGUUAUGUUAAAAUAGAACCAAGAUCGUAAUUGGUAGCUUAUAGUAUUUACAUAU